UACAUCUACUGUUCAGCGAAUAGUGAAUACUUACCUUGUUUAGCUUAUCUUCAUACACUUUAAACUUAGCACAUUACUAAACUAUUCUUAUUGUUUUAAGGCACACGUAAUUAAGUUUUAGAACAAUAGAGCUAAUAUGUGAAAAUACUAUUAUAAUGUCUGAUAACAUUCAUGUGUAAGAAGAUGAUUUCAAAGAGGUGAAAAACUCAUUUCUAGAAUGCAAUGCUCCAUUUUGGUUAGACACAUGAAGAUGAAUAAGAUAAGAAGUUGUUUUCAUGGGGCAUUGAUUUGGGGCUCAGUUUUGAUCACGGCUGCCUUUAUCAUCAUCAUUACACAGAAAACCAAAAUAGGCAACUUCUUUGAUGAAAGCAGUGAAAUAUGGUCACAUUCAUCACCCAAAAUUGACAGAUCUCCAACUUUCACUAAUUUGCAGGUUAUUGAUCAAAUUGAACAAUAUGUACCUAGUCUUCCAAUUGGUCUUUGGGAGAAAUACAAAGAUCGUUUUUACAAUAAUGUUACAUGUGUCAAAUAUCCCUAUGUCUACUAUUUGAAAUUUAAUAACAACUUUUGGCAAGUUUUGGACACUUCUAGUGGUAUUUUUUAUCUUUAUGCAGCGUAUUAUGAUAACAGAACUUUAAGCAGGAUCGGGCCUUCAGUAAGAAUCUUAGCAAUGGUUGACAGAGUUGAUCCGAAUGUAAUAAUUUACUGCCAGAUGUGGUUCCAAAACAUCAAAGAGCCUGUGGUGGUAAAGGUGGCCAAGUACAACUACAUAUGGCAUAAAUCAUGGGGCUCACCUGGACCUGGGGAUUUACAUCCAUAUUUAAUGACAUGUCCGAUUCCUCGAGAAUAUAGGAAUGAAGUACCAGAUUCUGUUGGUAUUGUGGAGGAAAAAUGUGACAUGUCAUCUAACAACUUGAGAGUUAUCUACAAGAAACCUGAGAAGAAGAAAGAUUUUGCAGUUUGUGUAAAAGGUUUGGACUUUCCCUACCAAGAUGUAUCAGUAAGGCUGAUAGAAUGGAUCGAACUGCUCAAAGUGUUGGGAGCUGAUAAAAUUAUCUUUUAUCAGUAUCAGGUUCACCAGAACAUAAGCAAAGUGCUCAAGUUUUAUCAAGAAGAAGGAAAUGUUGAUGUGGUUCCCAUAACACUACCUGGAUACCAACCGAACAUACCCGGUUUACAGCACGAGUAUUUGAAAGACCAUUCAUUCCGCAUUUUAAGAAAUGAGCCCAUCCAUUUCAAUGACUGCCUAUACAAGAAUUUAUAUUCCUACAAGUACAUUGUACUAAUGGACUCUGACGAGGUUAUAAUGCCUAAAAAGGAAUCAUCUUGGGAAGGACUUUUACAUUCACUUUCUCCAGGAAAAAUUAAGGACUCUUAUUAUGUACAGAAUGUUUACUUUUUUGAUGACCUGAGACAACAUGGAUGGACUGAGGAGAUCCCACAGUAUAUGCACAUGCUGCAACACGUCUAUCGCAGCAGAAACUUCACUAUGCCAGGUCACUACAUAAAAGCCUUUCAUGAUCCAGAAAGAAUAUUAACCCUGCACAAUCAUUUCCCUGUAGAGUGUUUAGGACCUCAAUGUGAUACUUAUGCAAUAGCCACCGAUGUUGCACAGUUACAACAUUAUCGUGCAGACUGUGUGGGUGAACUAAUGGAGGUUUGUGAUGAAUAUAAAAACAACAUUGUUAAAGAUGCAACGAUUUGGAGAUUUAAAAAUAUCCUGGUAAAUAGAGUGUCAGCUACACUCAAUAAGUUAGGCUAUUUUUAAGAAAGAUUUUUACUAUGUAAAUAUGAGAUAUUAAUCAUAGUGAUGAAAAAAAAAAAAUAUAAACAACGUUUUUAUGAAUAACAAACACUAUCUAAAAGUAGGCCUAUUUAUUAUAAUGUAACAUACCAGUGAUGUAUUUGCGAAUUAAUGAAAUGAUUAUUUAAUGUGUUAUAGUAAUAGUAAUAAUGAUAAAAUGUAGUAAUUUAAUUUGUUUUGUAUAUAUUUAUUAAAAAUAAAUAAAUUAUGUACUGUCACAAUUUUAUUGUUUUUACAUGAUGUUAUGUACAAAUUAGGAGUGAAAAUCAAUUGUGACAAUCAGGUUGAUUUUUGUGCCUAAGGUAGAUUUGUUGGUGAUGUCAAUUUAUUGGUAUUUUGCAUAGUUUUUUAAAUUUGUAAUUUUACAAUUUUAGUUACUGUACAAUCUAAAAAAUGUGGCUACCAUGGGGUAUCAAAGGGGGGGGGUCUUGAGCCCCCCUAGCCUAUAUUGAUGGACACCCAUGUUUAGAUAAUUGUGAUGUCAUUAAUUUAAUAGUGUGUUAUGAUGUAGCAUAGACAAAUAGAGUAAAUAUAGACUGUCAAUGGAAGGUUCCGCGAUGUGCUGCUAGGAGUUCCGUGUAGUUACAGCGCACACCGCUGCAGACUUUAUAGGCUAUUUGCCGUAUGCUACCAGCAGACGCUGAAGCGGUGUGCGCCGUAACUACAUGGUACUCCUAAAGGUGUGCGCCGGAACAUAUGCUAACCGUAGCACUUCUGACGGUCUAUAUUUAUUCUAUUUGUCUAUGAAUGUAGCCAGUUAGAUGCAAUGAUUUGAAUUAGUUUAGGUAGUAAAAAUGAACUGUAUCAAACAAAAGAAAUACCUAAUCUAGUAAUGAAGUAACACUUCACUUGAAAAUAACUUUGUUGGUUUUAGCAAAUUUUACAUUAAAUAAAUAUUGAAUUUGUAUGCGUCCAAGGGUUGGACGACUUUCAUGAUAUGCCGGGGAUUGAACCUGUCCCUUUCGCACCAAAGUCCAGAAGGUUAACCACUAGGUUAACAACAAAUCCAAUUGUCAAUACAUUUCAGAAGAUUUGACUUAAAAAAAUGCAUUUUCAAUGGGCCUUUUGUUGCGUUGUCAAUUGUCAUACAAAAACAAUUGUUAAAUGUUGAUCAGCUGUUCUAUUAUUGUAUUGGGGGUCAUUGUUAUUAUCUCUUUACAUAUUCAACUCAGAGAGACAAAAGACUAAUUAUUAGCAUUGAAGACUUGUUAAAAGUUUUUCAAGCAAGUAGAGACAGAUUCAUAAUAAAUUGGUUCUUUUUUCGAUGACUAUACAACAAUUUAUAAAGUUGACAAUGAUAAAUAGACUUUGAGUAUUGAGUCUAGAUGGUCAUGAAAAAUAACCAGGUAGAUGGAAAAAAAACAAAAUGCUGUUAGCAAAAUUUAGGUAAAAUAUGAAACUGUUGUGGGCUUAAACAGAAGGGAUUUAGGGGUUAUAGCUCUAACAAUCUAAAAAUUGGUGUCUUAAUGAGAUGUCUUUUUAGCAAACUUUAGAUAAACAACAUUUAAUAAAUAUACAGUUAAUUACCUUUGACUGCAUUUUACUUUUUGAAAUCAAACACUCU